GACAAGUCCGCUUUCCUGCCUGCUCUUGGCUGAACUGCCAGGGCCUGUGUCGCCCCGGGAAGUGCCCUGUCCGUGGUCAACUGUGAUAGAUGUGUCGGUCCUUUCGUGUCAGGAUGGCCGCAUGCCGGACCCCACAUGUGUGUUUAUCUUCACCACCUCGGCAGCGAGGCUCUCGUGGGAGACUUCAGAGCGUCGGACUGCACCGUCGGGGAUUCCUGGCACCUCUGACGUACAGGCAUGGGCUCUUUUGGGGUACCCCAGAGCACCGGUUCACAUCAAUAAGAUCACGGUGGAACUUCGAGGGAAGAAGGUUACCCCACCCGUCAGGACUGUCACGAGAACGCCAACAAAUGGCAGGGACAGGCAAAAGCGCACAUUCCCGCGGUCCGGGCAACCAGAAAUCUCCAUUUCCAGAUGGGCCAGUCUCACAAGUUCGCACGGUGAUGUCAAACGAACUUUCGCAAACUUCACACGCCUACACAUGCUACAGAACAACACUGCUUUCGCGGUCCACGGGACAAUCGUCUACUUGUGAUGGUCUGGGUGAUGUCCUUCCACAGGAUUUACAGCCUA